ACUGCGUUUCCCCUCCAGUCAGCAGACGGCGAUGUGCGUCUUUCAGGCGACGCUGCCAGCGUGACGUAUAAUCUAGUGGACGGUUCUUCAUAAACAGCUCGUCAACCACCUCGGUAGCUUGCUAGCCAACAUAGCCGAAAGAUUCAAGCUAUUUAUACGCUUUCGGUGUAUAUUACCUACUGUGUUUCAGCCACACUUUUGUCGUAUCAACUUGUUAACCUAUUUAUUUGAAUAUUACGUUAUUUUGAUUUAGUCAGCUAUAGUAGUUGGCUGGUUAAGUGAGCACUAGCCUAGUCGCUAAUGAUAGCUAGCUAGCUAACAUCCCCGAACAUGAGCUCCCUAAACUUCUCCCCUCUCGUUGAAGAAGAGGUGAUCUGCUGGACGGAGAAAGGAGGUCUGUGGCUGAACGUUGUCGUGAAAGAGGAGGAUGUCACAGUAAAACAAGAAGUAGAGGAUGGGGCUGUUACAGUGAAAGAAGAGGAAGACACGUUCAGAGUGAAAGAGGAGGAGGAAGUUACAGUAAAAGAAGAGGAGGAUGAGAAAGAGGAGGAUGUAGUUUUUGGUGUGAAAGAAGAGGAGGUUGGAGAUCUGUUUAACCCCAAUGAGAGACGGGACAAUCGUGGAUCCUCUGGGGAGCCUCAACAAUAUCAUGAUGCUGAAGAGGCAGAGAAGAGUCUCCCCGCAUCAGAACACCAGAAACACCAGCAGAGACCCACAGGGAAGAAAUCUCACUGCUGCUCUGACUGUGGGAAAGGUUGCACAUCUUCAUCAGAACUUGAAACACACAAGAGAACACACACAGGAGAGAAAUCUUAUAGAUGUGAUCAAUGUGGGAAGAGUUUUACUACAUCUGGCUCUCUGACUUCACACCAGAGAAUACACACAGGAGAGAAAUCUUGUAGCUGUGAUCAAUGUGGGAAAAGUUUUACUACAUCUAGCCAGCUGACUAUACACCAGAGAAUACACACAGGAGAGAAACCUUAUAGCUGUAAUAAAUGUGGGAAGAGUUUUACUACAUCUGGCUCUCUGACUUUACACCAGAGAACACACACAGGAGAGAAACCUUAUAGCUGUGAUCAAUGUGGGAAGAGUUUUACUACAUCUGGCUCUCUGACUUUACACCAGAGAAUACACAAAGGAGAGAAACCUUAUAGCUGUGAUCAAUGUGGGAAGAGUUUUACUACAUCUGGCCAGCUGACUUCACACCAGAGAACACACACAGGAGAGAAAUCUUGUAGCUGUAAUCAAUGUGGGAAGAGUUUUACUACAUCUAGCCAGCUGACUAUACACCAGAGAACACACACAGGAGAGAAACCUUAUAGCUGUGGUCAAUGUGGGAAGAGUUUUGGCCAAUCUAGCCACCUGACAUUACACCAAAGAACACACACAGGCGAGAAACCUUAUAGCUGUGAUCAAUGUGGGAAGAGUUUUACUACAUCUGGCUCUUUGACUUCACACCAGAGAAUACACACAGGAGAGAAACCUUAUUGCUGUGGUCAAUGUGGGAAGAGUUUUGGUCAAUCUAGCAAUCUGACAGUGCACCAGAGAAGACACACAGGAGAGAAAUCUCAUAGCUGUGAUCAAUGUGGGAAGAGAUACUCUAGUAAAAUGUCUCUGAUCAAACAUCAGAAAAUACAUACAUGAAGGAGUUGUUUCAUGAUAUCAAUGAAAUAAUGAAAUUAUGGCACAAUGUAGAAUGUUUUAACAUUGUAGUAGGAGUAUUUUAAUGAUGUCACAAUGUAGAAUGUUUUACCAUUGUAGUAGGAGUAUUUUAAUGAUGUCACAACGUAGAACCCUAAAUGUUUGCCCCCUGUUCUAUUGAUUUCAACAUGAUAUGGAUAUUAGCCUCAGGGGGGAAAAUCCAGGCUCUGAAUUGAAAGAGUACUAUUUAUGAGAUUUAACAAAAAGUGACUAACACAAAAGAGUUGUGUUACACUUACCACGUUGGUGACCCACUGGAAUCACAAUGUAGCUAGCUGUUUACCACGUUGGUGACCCACUGGAAUCACAAUGUAGCUAGCUGUUUACCACGUUGGUGACCCACUGGAAUCACAAUGAAACACUCCAAAAUGUUUAGGUUUUCAAUAUAUCCCAAACUGUUUCUGCAUUUUGGUUAUUGAUUUGGACACGUUAAAACUGUGUUUUGAUAUUGCACUAUUCCCAUUUAGCAAAAUGUCAUUCAAAAGACGUUGAAUAUAUGUUUGGAUGUAGUUGAAAUUGAAAGUUGAAAAUAUGUCUUUCAGGUCGUUUUUUCAAUGAAAAAAAAUAUUAUAAUAAUAAUAUAAAUUAGUCUAUAAACAAUUUUAUUAUUAAUCUGACAUCACUCCAGUAUUUCUUGACAACAUUCAAGUGCUAAUUGUCUUUAGUCCACUACUGAAGAAGCAUGACUCAAAUCACCUCAUAUAUUCAAACAUUCAGCCUGACAAAGUAUACAUGUUUUAUUAUUCCAUGCCUCACCAUUAAGUUAAUUAUUGCCAAUACAUAUUAACAAAGGGGUGAACAUUUGGUUUUGAUAUUUCAUAUUAUGUAACAUUUAGUAAUCAUAGUUAUUCAUGUAACCAACUUGACAUUUUUGGGUACAAUUAUAUUGACAUUGUUACCCUGCUUUUAUAUCCAACAACAUGCCUAUCUAGUGAACCCUGUAAAGAGAGAGAAGCUCCGCAGUGGAAAGUUACUACGGAUAUCGCAGGAGUUUCCUCUUGAAAUCAGACAUGUCCGUGGUAAGAACAACCUGGUUGCUGAUUAUCUCAAGGGUGGGCAGUCAAAUAGAUUUGUGUUUUGCAUUUAGCCAGUGAGUUACCAUGAUCACAAUUUAUUUUGACACGUUUUUCCCGUGUUGGAGAUUAGUGUUAUCUCUUAUUCUUUUCUGUGUUUUUUUGAAACUGCACUGUUGGGGGCUCGUAAAGUAAGAGUUCCAAGUGUUGUAUCCGGCGCAUGUGACUAAUACAAUUUGAUUUGAGUUUUGUUUGGGCUCGUUCCAAGGGGACGAGAGUUCUAGAAGCUAGUGAGUUUUAGGAAGACGAGAGUUCUAGAAAGUAGUGAGUUUUAGGAGAGGACUGGCCACCCCUCAGAGCCUGGUUCCUCUCUAGGUUUCUUCCUAGGUUCUGGUCUUUCUAGGGAGUUUUUCCUAGCCACCGUGCUUCUACACCUGCAUUGCUUGCUGUUUGGGGUUUUAGGCUGGGUUUCUGUACAGUACUCUGUGACAUCAGCUGAUGUAAGAAGGGCUUUAUAAAUAUAUUUGUUUGAUUGAUUGAUUGUACAACUGAAAUGUGUCUUGGGAGUACUGAUUGGUGUAACCUUGUUAGUCAGUAUGUGUUACACCUGUGCUGGCUUGUCUAUCUCGUUAGUGGGAAGGUGUUUCACCUGAGCUGGUCCAGGUUCUAUUUAAGAGUGUCUGGCCCAGUGCUCCAGUUGUCUUGAUAGAUGUGGAGAGUCAACACCUUUAGUUGCUCCACCUUUUUGGUUUGCUUCCUGUCUCUAAGUUUGGUGUGGGUUUUUCUUUUGUUUUCCUCUUCUUGUGCAGAUUUAGUGGGUGUCUUUUAGGUCCCAGUUGUUGUUACUAGUCAACUUUCAGUCGACACCCCCAUAGUGUCUUUCAGAGCCCCUCCUAAAAAACAAGCUUGUAUUUUGGGUUGUGUUGGAUAUAGCAUCAUAUUUUUUAUAUUUUAAUCAGUCGUUUCCUUAAUUCAGUUGUUAUUCUUCUGUUUUUUAUCCUGUAUGUUUGUUGUGUACUAAAUACUUCUGUUUAUUUUCUUAGUUUUUUCCUGUGAAGCCAUUGUGCUGCAUCCAUGUCUGACAUGUGCUGUAUAAAUAAAGCUUGAUUUGAAAAUAUCAA